UAUUCCUUAGGUGUCGUAAUCAUAUAGUUAAUUUUGAUCAUAUCUAACCCUUAAAAACUUAUAACACCAAACCAAUCUGCCAUAGAAGUUGCUCAUUCAAUUCCACUUCCCAUCUCUCUCUCUCUCUCUCUAAACAUUCACCGGAUCUUAUUCUCCGGCGAGUUACUCCGAUCAGAUUUCCCUAAUGGAAGAAAGAUACAAGCUCACUUUGUUACUAUCUCUAGCUUCCAUAUCCGCUAUAGGAAUCCUUUACAUCUUGAUCUACAUAUUCAAAAAGACUCCACCCAAGUACUACGAUUCGCCAGACAUAGAAUGCGGAACAGAAAGAAUCGAAAAUACAGAAAAAUUAGGAGAUAAACAGAAAGAAGAGGAAUUGAUCAGAUUUCGCGGCGCCCAAGAUCUUUCAGUUUAUGAUAUAUUAGAUGCUCCUGGAGAAGUCAUCGGAAAAUCAGGCUACGGGACACUUUACAGAGCGAAUCUUUUGACAUGUGAUUCCGUCGCCGUGCUGAGAUUUCUCCGGCCGGUUUGUACGGGCGAGACGAAGGAGACGGAAGCUAUUAUUCGUGUUUUGGGUUCGAUUCGGCAUUCCAAUUUGGUCCCUCUUCAAGCAUUCUAUGCUGGGUCGAAAGGGGAAAAGCUUCUCGUACAUCCAUUCUAUGGUGGGGGAACUCUGGCUCAUUUCAUUAGAGAUGGGAAUUGUGAAUCUUACAAGUGGGACACCAUACAUGAAAUUUCAAUUGGAAUUGCCAAAGGAUUAUACCAUCUUCAUUCUGGUUUCCAAAAGCCAAUAAUCAUCCAUGGAAAUCUCAAAUCCAAAAACAUAUUACUCCACCAAAAUAAUUUCCAACCCCAAAUCUCAGAUUUCGGCCUUCAUCUCGUCUUAAAUCCAACCGCGGGGCAAGAGAUGCUCCAAGUCUCAGCAUCCCAAGGCUAUAAAGCCCCCGAGCUGAUCAAGAUGAAGGAUGUGAGCAAAGAAACCGAUGUUUUCAGCCUCGGAAUAAUCUUUCUAGAAUUGCUAAGCAGAAAGGAACCUUUGGGUGAGGAAUACUAUUUGCCAAACACAAUGAGAGAUGCCAUAAUGGAACGUCGAAUCGCAGAUUUGUAUCAUCCCCACAUCGUUCUUGGACUGAAUCGAGAUGAAAUUGGGACAAUGGAAGAGAGGAUUCUUAAGUUCUUUCAGAUUGCAAUGGCUUGUUGUUCUCCUUCACAAUCUCUUCGGCCUCAAAUGAAACAAGUGUUAAGGGGACUUGAAGAGAUCGAUUAAGGGAGAACAUGUUUAUUAUUCUUAGAGAUUAACCAACAAGUGUGACAAGUUCAUUGUAACUAUAUCUAGUUUCAUGCAUAAGGGGAUUAGUGAGUGUGUAUUUUGAAUUAUGUCACACUCAUAAUAUUAUUGACUUGUUUUGUUUAAUUGAAGCUAAACCAUGAAAUGGAAGGAUUUAGUUUUUUUGUGUGUUACCUAAUGGUAUGACUUGU